AUGCCAGUCCCGCAGCAAGGUAAGCGGCAGCGGAGAUGGGCCCCGAAAGUGAGGACCGGGUGCAAGACGUGCAAGAUCCGGAGAAAGAAGUGCGAUGAGAAGAGACCGAGUUGCUCGCGCUGCCUCAAGGACAAGUUCCCGUGUGAUGGCUACGAUUCGCCCAAGGCGUGGGUGUCCGAGCCUGGCGAGCCGCCAAGAGUCGUCCAGGUCGAGGAGGCCAGGGCCUCGAAUGCAGAUCCCGACUCUAUGGACGAGUCACUGCGGUCUUUGGGCCUCAGCGACGACUCUACGACCCGUCAGAAUCUAGGGCUACCCUUAGGGUCAGGCAACGCUGGACAAGUCGAAGACACCGACGCAGCUUACACUGGGGACCCCAGCCUGGGUCCGCGAAUUGCUCGUCCAUAUGACAUUCUUCUUCUCGAGCCAUCGAGCCCGUGGACGACGGAACUCGACCAAAAUUAUACACAGUACUACCUCCUCAAGACGGCGCCUCUGCUGUCUUCGACGCGACGAUGGCGGGACUUCUGGCAGUGCAUAGUCCCGCAGGCCGCGUGGGUGAACGCCGCUGUCCGCCACGCCAUGAUUGCCGUGUCCUUGACAUUCGACACCUACGUCUCGGGCACGGACCACAGGGACAUGAUACUCUCUAGGCGGAACCAAGCGAUCGCCGCCUUCGCCACCGAGCCAAGCAGUUCCUGGGAAGUCGGGCUGAUCAUCUGCCGCUUGUUCUCGUCCAUGGCGCAAUGCAACGAGGACUUCGAGGCCGCCAUGACGCACAUGAAGGCCGGGGAAAAGAUGGUCCUGCAGGCCACUCGGGACGGCCACCACCGGACGUCCGAGGUCGUGCGCCUCAUGGCCGCCACGUUCAUGGGCCUGUUCGCCGACUCGACCAUCGACUUUGACGUGAUCAGGCGGUUCGCGCCCAAGGCCCGACAGGCGUUCCGCACGUUGCAGAGGAUGUGCUCCGAUUAUGCGCGGAUGCUGCGGCGCAUCACGAACCUCCACUGGGACGGGCAUACCGAAACGGCCGACAAGACCAUCGAGACGGCGACCAUGGGUUUUCUGUCGGUUGUCUUUACCACGUUGAACCAGGCCAUCAGCUCGGCCAUGUACCCGGACGUACUUGUCUUUGUGCCCGACGACGGCAUCGUCCCCGUACAUGAUAUCCGAGCGGAACUGGAGGAGCAGGGAGAUCUGCUGGGUUUCGAUGGCCUCAGAGACGUGCAUCGCCCACUCUUCGAUGCCGUCGAAGCAUACUUUGGCCCGCCGGUCGUCGGGCACCACGCCACAAAAGCACGAGGUCAGACGCGAUACUCGCUACCGAAUAAUCUCGAAAAGCGCCUCAAAGUCUUUGUCGAGAAUUAUGUCGUCCAGGCCUUUGAACUCGAGCCGCGCAUGACGGCAGGGACCUUCUGGCUGCCUGAGUCCAUGAUCCCGGGCUGCUUGAUGGACAAGAACCCGGACCUUCCGGCCGGAGAGACCGAUUGUCUGCAUCGACCGUCUAGUGGACAUUCGUACAGGGAGGAGGACCAUAUCACGAGGGAGAGAAGAGAGUAUUAUCACGAGUUUGUAUGCCAAUACCGGAGCGGCUUCAUGAUCUGA